AUGCACAGCCCUGCUCCUGAAAUUGUGGCAGGGUACCCAACUGGAUGUGUGGCGGAUAAAGAUCCCAAUCCGGAGACAACCUUGGGGAGUGCGUACUCUCCGGUGGACUACAUGAGCAUCACCAGCUUCCCCAGGCUGCCCGAGGACGACAUGUUGUCUGGGGAAAACACCUUAAGAUCCCGCAAAGAUGAUGACAAUGUCCUGAGUGAGCAAGAAACAGACCCAGAUCUGUUUCUGAAGUCGGCUCGCCUCCAGCGUCUCCCCUCCUCAGCUUCGGACCUGGCCAGUCAUGAUAUCGCAUCCCUGCAGGAGACCAACAGAGACCCCUUCACAGAAGACUGUGCUUGCCAGCGAGAUGGACUGACAGUCAUCAUCACAGCCUGUCUCACCUUCGCCACUGGAGUCACUGUAGCUCUCAUCAUGCAGAUCUACUUUGGAGACCCACAGGUCUUUAACCAAGGGGCAGUGGUGACAGAUGUGGCCCAGUGUACAUCUCUUGGUUUUGAAGUUCUGAUGAAACAGGGGUCCAGUGUUGACGCUGCCAUCACUGCUGCCCUCUGUUUGGGCAUUGUCAACCCUCACACCUCUGGUAUUGGAGGUGGUGGAGUUAUGUUGGUGCAUGACAUCCGUAAGAAUGAGACGAGGGUCAUCGACUUCAGAGAGACGGCACCAUCGGCCAUUUACGAGGAGAUGCUUCAGAAGAACCUUAGUCAAAAUCCCGGCCGGUUGGUGGGAGUACCAGGCAUGCUCAGUGGGAUGCAUCAGGCACACCAGCUCUAUGGCAGAAUGCCGUGGGAGGAUGUGGUUACUAUGGCAGCAGAUGUGGCCAGAAAUGGAUUUAAUGUUACUCAUGACCUAGCUGAAGCUCUGGCUAUAGUUAAGGACCAAAACAUGUCGGCUGCAUUUCGGGAUUUGUUCCUCCCCAACGGCCAUGCUCCCCUCCCUGGGCAGUCCAUCAGACGUCUUGAUUUAGCAGCCAUCUUGGAUGCUGUCGCAGUUAAGGGGAUAUCGGAGUUCUACAGUGGAAACUUAACACAGGAAAUGGCAGUAGCAGUACAAGCAAGAGGAGGAGUGCUCACAGAGGAUGACUUUGGAAACUACAGCACAGUCUUACAGCAGCCAGCAGAGAUCAUCUAUCAAGGACACCAUGUGAUGACAGCCUCGGCCCCACACGCAGGUGUUGCCUUGAUCACUGCUCUCAACAUCCUGGAAGGCUACAACAUUACUGGCCAGUUGCCCAGAAACAGCACCUACCACUGGAUUGCAGAGGCUGUAAAGAUAGCUCUUGGCCUGGCUAGUGGGCUGGGAGACCCCAUGUAUGACCCUGCUGUCUCAGAGAUUGUCGCCAAGAUGCUGAGUAAAUCGCAGGCUUCCCUACUCCGCCAGAUUAUCAGCGACUCUCAGACCUUCCCUGUGAACCAUUACACUCCAUCGUUUACCUUGGUGGCAGGUGCAGCAGCUGCCCAAGUCAUGGUCAUGGGCCCAGACGAUCACAUUGUGUCAGUCAUGAGCUCUUUAAACAAACCAUUCGGCAGCGGGAUAGUGACUCCUUCAGGAAUCCUCUUGAAUAGCCAGAUCUUGGACUUCUCCUGGCCUAAUGAAACACAGUCCUCAUCACCUAAUCCACAUAACAGCGUCCGGCCUGGGAAGAGGCCCAUGUCUUUCCUGAUGCCCACAGUAGUGAGGCCUGCCGUUGGGUUAUGUGGCACAUAUGUAGCUGUUGGAUCUUCCAAUGAAGAGAAAGCUCUCAGUGGCAUCACACAGGUGCUGAUGAAUGUUCUGUCUUUGCGUAAAAAUAUGAGUGACAGCGUAGCAUACGGAAGACUCCACCCACAGCUGCAGCCUGACAUCCUCCUGGUGGACUCUGAGUUUCUAGACGAAGACAUGGAGCUUCUGCAAGCCAAAGGUCACAAGGUGCAGAAGGUAGAUGUUUUGUCAUUGGUGGAGGGCACCCGGAGAACCAAUGACCUAAUCAUUGGGGUAAAGGACCCCCGUAGUGCUGAUGCCUCCGCCCUCACUAUGUCCAACAUACCCUAGUGUACCCCCUUCCCUCAUCCCAUACUCACACAUAAUGAAGAAGGGGUAAGUAUAACACUGUAUGAUGGUUAGUGAGGGAGUAAGGAGGCUCCUCAUCAACUAAUACACUAAACACAAGUUAAUGGCAGUUGUUUAAUGGAAAAAAAAGCUUUGUCUGAGAUGACCUUGUAGGAAUCUGAUAUGAUCCACUAAAUAGAUAUUUUGCUGACAGAAAACUUCAGAGGAUCACCAUCUCACAUAACGAUGUUGGCAUGCCCUCCCUCACAGCCUCAGAUAACAUCCAGCCUCAAUGUGGGUAGUGUUCUUUUAAUUGCACCAGUCAGCGUCUGCAGUCUAUAUCACGCAGAGCAGGGCACAGAGAUGCAAGGUGUGUUCAUCACUUCAAAUUCCAGAUCCACUUAAAGAAAGCAAUAAACUUAAGGGGUUUACAGUAGAUAUACUUAGUGGAUGUGAAAAAUAAAUUAGAAAAGCGUAAUGGAUUUUAAAGGUAUUUCCAUAACAUUGAGUGGCAGCUAGUUUUUUUGUCUGCGAGGUGCCGAGUGGGGCAUUCAAGAGUGUUACUCUCUGAAUAUAGGAUAUGGAAUUCUGAUGGAAAUGGAUGAUGAGCCAAUUGAUUCAUUGCAAGAAUGGGCAGGCAUGAAAAAAGUAAUGAUGUCACACCAGGAAGCCACCACUUACAACACAAUGCAUGGUCCUCAGUAUAUUUGGCCCACCUUUCUGCUUUUCGACUCUUUUACUGCAUUUCACCAUCAUUCCAAAUAACACAUGAGAUAACAUGGGAUAGAGAAGGUAAUAAUAUUUAAACCUUGAAUUGUCACAAUUGACAAUACUAAACUGAACGCAGAGGCUAAACUGUGUACUCUCCUGCUCUUGAUAUGGUGUGUAACUGUGAUUAGAUGUUGUUUGGUACAGCUGCUGGAGUUUUAAUAGUUGCGAACAAUCAAUGGCUCCUUGGGACCAUGGUAACACAUUAUAUAAAUAUGUCAUACAGAACUAAAGUAAGACCUUCCCAUCUCAACUGAUUUCCUUAUACAAGAGGAUUUGCUUCAGGUUCACAGGUGUUAAAUAUUACUAAUGGUAGAAUAAAUGUAUUUAAAUAUAUAAUUUUAGAAUGUUUAGUUGUUGCAUGAUUUUGUUCUCAUUUAAAUCUUGUGGCUUACAUUUGUUUUUAUUUAGAAUGGGGAUACUUGUUUUUAGAAUGGGAAUAGUCUUUACAGAUGGAUUGAAUGUAAUCUGUCUAUUUUUAUAUCAACAUUUUUUGGGCUGUAUACAUUAUUUCUACUGUUGUAACAAUGAAUUGAAUCAGCACAUUGUAGGCUAUAGUAUUUAUUUUUUGUUUACUUGUGUAAUAUAUUUUAGGUAGGUACAGCAGCUUUUGUAAAACAUUGCAUCUAAAAAGUGGUUAAUUCCAGAAUGGCUUGGACUGACAGAUCAAACAUGUCCUAACCUUGUUAUUGUUGUUGGGCACUAGUGCAAUAUGACUGUUGAUGCUUGUUUAUUGUACUGUAUAGUACCAUGCCUUAAGGCACGCAUUUGCACAACACCUGAUGUUUGAUUUCAUGUUCAUUUGUACCUGGUUUUAAUGAAAAUCAGCACCGUCCAAACCAAGAAAUAAAAUGUUUGCACACAUCCUAACA